AUGGUCGAGGUGGUCGAGGUGCUCAAGGUGCUGGCUGGUGGUGGUGGUGGUGCUGGUCAGCAAGGUGCCUUUGGUGGUCGACACCAGGAACCAGGCAUUGUGUUCAAAGUGCUCAAGAUGCUCAAGAGUUCAACAAUGGCACUCAGCAGCAGGGGCAAUUUGGCAACCAGAAUAGACCCAGACCAGGUGAACCUGGUGGACGUCGCCGGUUUCAGGGUUUUCAGAACCCUUAUGCUGACCGUCAUCAUGGCUAAGCUACUCGAGGAAAUGAUGGUCGGAUUGUUCUACCAGAUGUGCUGGUUCACGGCAAAGGUUUGUUGCGAAGGCUUCACCUCGAAUACCUAG